AAUAAGAAAUUAAGAGGAAGGAGGGGUAUUUUGGUCCGUAAGGAAAGUACAAGGAAGAAGAGGCGAUGUAAGAAGAAAAGCAAAAGAAACGCGUUUUGGAAUUGAUUUAUUAUUUUGAGGAAAGGAAGGGAGGGAGAGAGAGAGAGAGAGAGAAUAUGGAGAAAAAGGGGGAAGAAGUGGUGAUGGGAGUGCCAGUGCCGUAUUACGGGGGCGAAAACCCGUAUCAGAAGGGGGUGAUCCCUCCUAACGCGGUGGUGGGCGAUCCCAAGGGUAUCCCCAUCCAGCAAACCAUUUACAGGGACACUCCUGCUCCUUUUAAUUGCCUUCACUGCGGCAACACCGCUCUCACUACCGUCAGAUCAAAGCCCAGUCUGGCAGCAUUUGUUGGAUGCUUGAUGCCAAUGAUGCUUGGAGUUUGCUUUCUUUGUCCUUCAAUGGACUGCCUCUGGCAUAAAUAUCACUACUGUCCUAAAUGCCACGAAAAGGUUGCUGAUUUUGAGAAAUCAGAUCCCUGUGCUGUGAUGGAUCCACCACACUGGACGCAGGAGAGUUUUGCCUUGUCUGGAUAGUAUGAUAAUUCUUGUUACUGGCAUCUUGACUUGCAUUGUCUGCAAGUAGUAACUUCGUAUGUGCUUUAUUCCUUGUUAAGUUCGUUAAAAAUUAGCUGUUACAUGUGCAUGGGACAAAGAGAAGAGUGCUAGUUACUUUUUGCUGUUGAAAUUGAUCUGGAAUUUAUUAUCUAGUUGUACAUCUGUUACAUAGCUGCAAUACACUCGUGUCUUGUGAAUAUUAUAUUUGAAAGAGAAUUGCUGGUAUCCACGAUCUGCAUGGCUUUUUUCGGCCUGGGUUACCUUGUUUAAAUUAAAUAAUAAAACAGUUGGAUUGAGUUGUUU